AUGUGACAGCUGGAACAGUGGAGUUCACCGAGGUUGUGAGUUGUGACCGCGUCUGUGAGUAUACGGAAACCAUUCCUGCACUUGGGCUCGAAAAGCUGAAUGAAGACAUGCGGGUGGCAGUGAUUGGAGCUGGAGUCAUUGGCCUGGCAACAGCUCAGAGCAUCUAUGAGCAGUAUCACUCCAUUGUCAGUCCACUGACCAUUGAGGUGUAUGCAGAUCGUUUCACUCCACUGACCACUAGUGAUGGGGCUGCUGGCUUAUGGCAGCCAUAUCUCUACAAUAAGGGCAACGCCAAGGAGACGGAAUGGAAUAAACAGACAUUUGACUACUUGCUGAGCUGCCUCAGGUCACCAGAGUCCAUACAAAUGGGUAUUUUCCUUCAGUCUGGAUACAACCUUUGCACUGAACCUGCACCCGAUCCUUCAUUUAAAGAUAUUGUCCUGGGCUUCAGACAGCUCACAGAGCGAGAACUGCAGAUGUUUCCCGGAUACAAUUAUGGGUGGUUCAACACUUCUAUCAUGCUGGAAGGUAAAACCUACUUACCUUGGCUGAUGGAUUGGCUGCAAAAAAGGGGUGUGAUAUUUCAUCAGAGGAAAAUAGAAUCCUUCAAGGAGCUGGCAGAAACAGGUGCAGAUGUGAUAAUAAACUGCACUGGGGUGAGAUCAGGAGAGCUCCAGCCGGACCCUGAGCUCAAACCAGGCCGGGGUCAGAUAGUAAAGGUAGAUGCUCCGUGGCUGAAGCAUUGGAUUAUUACCCACAGUUUAUCAGAAAGAGUCUACAAUUCACCAUACAUCAUUCCAGGGAGUCGUCUUGUGACAGUCGGUGGGAUUUUCCAGUUAGAAAACUGGAGUGAACAGAGCAACACCACUGACCAUAAGAAAAUCUGGAAAGACGCUUGCCAGCUCGAGCCGAGUCUCAAGCAUGCUAGGAUAGUAGAGGACUGGGCUGGCCUCAGGCCUGUUCGCAGCAAAGUCCGCCUGGAGAGGGAGACCAUGCAGUCUGGUGCAACUACAAUUGAGGUGAUACACAACUACGGCCAUGGAGGUUUUGGACUCACCAUUCACCGAGGCUGCGCCCAGGAGGCAGCAAGGCUCUUUGGUCAGAUUGUGGAAAAAGACAAAAAUCCAAAAGCUCGCUUGUAAAUUUGUGUCUAUCAGUAGUUAUUGGUGCACUUUGAAUUUCAAUGUCAGUGCCUUGUAUCCUAUACUGUUUAACUAACAUUCAAAGCAGACAGAUAUUCAGUAUCACAGGCCUUUGGGGUAUACAUCACUUUAAAACAAAGAGGAGACAUGCCUGUUGUUGUCACCGUCCAUUAUUAAUUAAAUAAUGUCUCAUUCUCAUGUAAUCAUACUUAUUUCUGUGGGAAUUUGGGUAAGUUAAAGAAGUAUAUAAAGUGUACAUACCUUUUGAAAAUGUACUCAACAAUGUGGAAAAAGUAGACAAACUUUUACUGUUGAUAAUCAUCAUAACUUAUCAAAUCACACUGUUUAGUAAUGAAUAACAUGUCAUCACA